AUGCGGCUCAACCUGGAGGGUGGUCACACUGCUACCUUGAUCAGCUGCUAUGCGCCAACUCUUGGAGCAACUUUUGAGGAGAAAAGCUUGUUUUAUGAGCAGCUCGGUGACGCUGUUCAUUCAACACCACACAACCAUCAGUUGUUUGUCUUGGGUGAUUUUAACGCCCGUGUGGGUAAAGACCACAUCUUGUGGCCAAAAGUGCUUGGACGAAAUGAAGUUGGUAGGGAAAAUUCAAAUGGAACCAUGCUCCUCGAAUUUUGUACAGAGCACAAUCUUGUGGUGACAAAUACAGUCUUCCAACAGGCUGACAGGAAGAAGACUAGCUGGAAACAUCCACGUUCAGGACACUGGCAUCUCAUCGACUACAUACUUAUCAGACAACGCGAUCUUCGUCUCGCUCGUCUAACUAAAGCGAUGCGAGCAUCAACAAUGUGGUCAGAUCAUCGCCUCAUC